UUGGAGACCUUACACCAGAAUGAUAAGACUUUAGAAAAUGGAUUUUACUGUGACUUACCAUUUGCGCUGUUCACCGUGAUCGUAAGCCAAUUAAAAUCCGCCUGCAUGCUCCACCUAACGGCCACGGCUACAGUGAAGGUGUGCCGGAAGGAGGAUGCCAUCGCAGCCCUGACCCUGAAGAAGACCGCAAAGACAAGCCAUACACACCACACAACCGCCAAGCCAAACAUGUGUUCAUCUGCCCUGCCUGGAGCCCUGCAGCUCUGGAUCCUGGUGAUGGUGACGUCUUUGACUCGAGGUGAGGUGAUCGCCCCCUCCAGUCUGAACGCCAUCGCGGGUCUUCCCUUCUCACUGGGCUGUAACGUCACCAUGGAAACUGGCCACACGGUGAAGCAGGUGCGCUGGCUGAACCAACACAAGCAGGUGCUCCUGGCGUACAAACCGGGACAGCCUGUCACCAUCUCCUCACAGCGCGACGAUGUGACACUUACAGACUCCCGCAACAACGUCAGCAUCAUCACCAUCAAGAGGGCGGGGCCUAAGGACGAGGGAUGCUACCAGUGCAUCUUUGAUAUUUACCCCAGUGGAGGUCAGGAGGGAAAGACCUGCCUAAACAUAAUUGGCGAAGUGGGCUUGGAAGGCAACAAGACAGCAGUGAGCGGCAAGCAGGCCACCCUGUCCUGCUGGUACGGCCUGCAGGAGAGGGUGCGCCAGGUGCUGUGGAGGAAGACCGCCGAGCAGGGGGACACCACCAGCGUGGCCUCGUACGCCAAGCGAGGCCAACCCACCGUCGAGAGGCCCUUCCUGGGCCGCGUGACCCUCAGCCCCACCCUGGGGGAUAGCCAGCUGACCAUCCGGCCGGUCAAGACCGAGGAUGAGGGAUGCUACAGCUGCGAGUUCCACACCUACCCAGAAGGCACCAGGAGGGCCACGGCUUGUCUCUCUGUAUAUGUGCUGCCUAAACCGGAGGUGACCUACGUGACGUCGUCCCCCGGGGUCAUCGAGGCCAACUGCACGGCCCGGUCCCGCCCGCCCGCGGAGCUGGUGUGGAACGUGGAGGGGGACAACCGAACGCUGGGGCCACCCGUCUCCUCCUCCUACGAACAGGGAGACGGCACCACGUGGGUCACCAGCACCCUCCUCCUCCAAUCAGGCCUGCUCAACGACCUGUCCGUCAAAUGCUUGGUGCAUCACAGAGGCCUUGAAACGCCCAUGUCUGUCUCCCUGAACACAAACGUGGGACCAGCUCUGGCAAUCGUCAUCUCUGUGUCCUGUGUAGCAGCUCUGCUCCUGCUGUGCCUGUGCGUGUGUCUCUGCAAGUGUUUUCUCUGCCGCGACGAUUGAGCCUUGACCUGGAACCAAGGGGUUCUGUCCCUGAUGAGCGUCCAGCGCCCCCCAGUCCCAGCCUGACCUAGCUGCUCACCACCAUGAGCUCCAAGUCUGUUUAAAUGAAACGUGCAGCAGAAAGACAGACAGCAUUCCAGUUUGUUCCCCACCAACACCACCGUCACCAAACCCCCUUUAGAAAGCACAAUUUAGCAAUGUGGAAAUACAACGUUAAAUCCUUUUCUCCGAAAGGUAGUUUGAGGUUCUUAAUCCCAUAAAAGCUUAUUUGAAGCAUCAUUUCGCAGCAUUGUCUAUGAAGCACAUUCUUUGUAAUGGCUGCUUAGUGACAAAGAGUUAUGUUUAUUUUAUUGAAUGCAGAUUUAAUGGUGUGCAUUGGACAAAUUGAUGGGUGAAUGUGCGUCUGUGUAUGUUGUAACAGUUGAGAGAUUGAAGUAUAUACUGAAUGUUGCAGACAUCAGUGUUUGCCUUCAUUUCUGCUUUCAUUUUACUUGUUUGAACCUAAAGAUAUCUUAUGAAAUUGUUUCCAAUGAACUCUAAUGCCAUCAGUGUGUAGUAUAAAAAGGAUGGAAGAGGAUAUUGUGCCACUAACGUACCUGACUGACUGUGUAAAGUAAACUACACAUUACUUUUUACUAUUUAUUUAAAUAGUAUAACAGUGACAGUGUGAAAUAAAAUACACAUUAUGUUA